GCUCGGAAAGGUCACGUGACAAACACACAAAAUACAGCCAUAUUGGUUUUGAGCUUCGUGUUCAGAAAAAAAGUCAAAAUAUUUUACGUUGGUACGCGGUACAGAUAACACAGUGAAAGAUGGCAGACACCUUAAAAUUUGGUCCUGAAUGGUUGCGUCAGUUGUCAGGUGGGAACAAUGUCGGGACCCCACCCCCUUCCCCCGCCCCGGGGUUUGGGAAAUACAAGCUAGCAGACUACAGGUAUGGCAGAGAGGAAAUGUUGGCGCUGUUCACGCCAACAGAAGGCGUGCCAGAGGAGCUGCAGCAGUUCCACGCUAUACUGGCAGAUAAAUCACAGGAACCCAUGGCCUUCAUGCCACCCACAGAAGAAGAACAGAGGAUCUUGUCUCAGUCAGUUAACAGUCAAGCGGUGUUACGAGCGAUGGGGCGUGUUCCUGCCAUCAGGGGACGGGGCUCUGGUAUGGAGAGGGGGCGGGGCAGAGGUCGUGGACGGGGCGAUGGAUUCAUGCAGCGCGGUGUGUCGUAUGACGACACCGAGGGGGGUGGCUUUGGUCGUCCCCGACAACGACCAGAUGGAUCCUGGGAGGAAGGGGAACCAAAGUAUCCAAGGCCAUACCAGAACCGGUACUCAGACCCAACCCAACCAAACAAGGUGUAUCAGCGCUCUCUUAGCAGCGACAACUGGCGGGACAGAGAGGAGGAUGACGAGGAGGGUGGGGACUGGAGAAGGGCGGGGUCAAAAUGGAACAACCAGCGGGGCUCCUGGAGGGAUAACAGGGGAUUUGACCCAGGCUACGAGCGUGGUACUGGCAGGGGCUACUCUGGCCAGUACACUCGACAACGGAGUGGAGGUAACUGGGACGAGGAGGAACUACCAGAGUGGAGCAUGGACGGGGAAGCAGACGAACUCGGAACUUUUGAUGCCAGCGGGGCGUUUGUGUCUCCGAAGAGGUUUAACCGGAGAGAGUUCGAUGAAAGGGACAGUUCAAUGUCACCGAGAAGUGAGGGGGAAAAUGAUAAAGAUAAGAGUAAAGAAGUAAACGCCAGAGGUGCCGCGAAUGGUGGUAAAGACAUUAAUGAUAACCGCCAGAAGAAACUACUUCCUGAAAAAUUGGACCCGAAAGGAGACCGAUCUCGAUCCCCGAGUGAAAACCCACCCCCCAAAGCCAGUGCUCAACCCAGUGAUAACAAGUCAUGUGAUACAAACAAUAAAAAACAGUCCCACCCAAAUAGUGCUUCACCCCACCCAUCUCCUAAACCUCAGGCGAAAACUGAGAAAGGCCAUGCUCCUGGUGUUAAAGAUAAGACUUCUGAUAAAAAACAGGCCAUACAGUCAUCAGGGAUCAGCAAUGAAAGUAGUACGAAUAGUAAAAACAAAAAGAAUGAAGAAAAAGGCAGUGGUACUGGUAAACAAACCAUGGCUAAGAAAAAUGACAAGGCUGUCAGUAAGGGGGAUAACAAAAGUAAUGAUGUGUCUGCUAGAAGUGCAAGUGGAGCACAAAUAUCCACGGACAAGGGGAAGGGGGGAAGGGCGGAGAAUAACGAGAAAGGACAUACAAAGGAUAACAAACGACGAGAAAAGUUAAAGUCAGAAGCGGAAGCUUUGGACCAGUUACAAGAAACUGUAGAAAAUAUGGUGGCUGGAAUCACGAUACUAGAGGAUGAAGAGGUGGUCCAAGAGCUGUCUGCCCCUGAUGGUGCGACUGCCAGCAGUAAGUCCGGGACCUGUGCCCUACCCCCUGAGCAUGAGCAUUACAACAAAUGGUUCUACAGGGACCCUCAGGGAGACCUACAAGGUCCCUUCAAUUCCACCGAAAUGGCGGAGUGGUUUAGUGCGGGCUAUUUCACAAUGAACCUACAGGUCCGUCGGGGAUGUGAUGAAGUGUUUUCACCCCUUGGAGAGCUAAUUAAACACUGGGGGCGUGUGCCCUUCCUUCCUGGCCAGUGGCCUGCACCACUGUUGAAGGCUGCAGCCAGCCCUGAGCCCGCCACUCAGCCCCAGGCUCCAGCCACUGCGACCCCACCACAACAAGCUAACUGGGCAGAGAACAUUGCAGCACCUCAGGACCAUCAACAACUCCUUCAGCAAUACAUGCAACAACAAAUACAGCAGCAGCAGCAGCAACAGCAGCAGCAGAUGCUCAUGAGACAAAUACAGUUACAACAGCAAGUGCAGCAGAUAGUCAGCCAGCUCCAGGAGAACGGACAGUUUAAAGCCUUACCACCGAUACAACAGCAACAGAUGGCUCUACAGAUCCUGGCCAAGCAGGGAGCCCUUGCCACGCCUCCACCAUCACAGCCCCAGAAACUCUCUCCCAGGUCAUCAGAAGCCCCCAUGGCAGUAAGUUCAGCCUCGCCGAUCUCCCAGGUAUCCUAUAAUCGAUCUGUCUCCACCCCGAACACUUCCCAGGCCAGCCCACUGCCUGCCAGUAUCUGGGAUAUCGACCCCUCAACUAUUGCGAGUAUGCCAGCAGGGGGGAUCUCAGCUGCUGAUCUCGAGGCUCAGUUGAAGGAGAAAGAAAUAGAAGGAGAAAGAAAGAGAGCCGAGAAACAGAAGGAAGAGUUGCGGAAAGAGCAGGAAGAACUGCGGAGACAGAUGGAAGAAAUAGAAAAACAGAGACAGGAAAUAGAGAGGAGAAAAAUCGAGGAGCGUACGAAACUGGAAGAGGAAAGAUUAAGAGCAGAAGAGGAGAAGAGAAAAUAUGAAGAAGCCCAGAGAGCCAUGCAAAUAGAAGAACAGAGAAUACGACAGAUGGAAGAGGAGAAAAGGAAGUUUGAAAAAGACCAGAUUGCUAGACAGCUUGAGGAGCAAAGGAUCAGGCAGGAGGAACAGCUACAACAGAGGAUGAUGGAGGAGGAAGAGGGAAGGAGGAUAGAGGCGGAGCAAACACAGAGAGAGGAGAUGGAGAGACAGAGAGAGAUGAAUAGACAGCAGGAAAUACAGAAGGCCCAGGAAUCCCAAAGACAGCGCGAGUCAGAUGAGGCCCUGAGACAGCAGCAGGCUUCAGUCAUACGCCAACAGCAGGAGGAGGCUCUCCGUAAACAGCAGCAGGACGCAUUGCGAAAACUACAGAAGGAGCAGCUUGCCAACAUGCAGUUGCCGUCGCACGCGCAGUGGGCAAGCCAGUCGGGUGGUUCCCAGUCUGGCGGAGGGAAGUCCCUACUAGAGAUACAGCAGCAGGAGGAACAGGAGAGGAUGGAGAGAGAGGAGUUGCAGAGGAAACAGAUGGAAGUACAGAGACAGCAGAUGAUGACAUUACAACAGCAGCAGCAACAGCAGAAAUCAUGGACCGCAACUGUCUCACCGAAAGCAUCAAACAAGUCGUUACUUGAGAUACAAGAAGAGCAGGCACGUCAGUUGGAGAGAGAAAGACAGAAACGAGACGAAAAUCAACAAAUUGCAGCUAAGAACAUGUCACUUGGAGCUGCAAGUGUAUGGGGGUCGUCCCCAGCAUCAGGCAACUGGGCGAAUGAGGGGGCGUGGGGUGCAGCUCUCAAACAAGCCCAGGGGAACAGUGGGCCCGGGCUUGGGUUCUGGGAUGAUGCUAUCAUAACAUCUGGGCCAGUCAAGAAACAGUCAGCCAAACAGAGCAAACAGCAAACUGGCGAGUUCCCAGCGCUGGGGGGAAAGAAACCUGACAAGGCCCGCAACUCCGCUCCCAACAAACCUAAACCUUCCAAGUCCAAAAAGGAGGAGGAGGCAGUCCAGCGAUUGUUCCAAACACAGCCUAGUGAGGAUGACUUCACCCAAUGGUGUAAAUACCAACUUAACAGUAUGGCUACAUCAGUUGACAUCCCGACGUUCAUAGCCUUCCUACAAGAGGUGGAGUCUCCGUACGAGGUCCAUGACUAUAUCCGCUCGUACCUCGGCGAGAACAAGGCCUCUGAGGAGUUUGGCAAGGCGUUCCUUGAGAAACGCAGUCAAUACAGAAACAAAACCAGGCCCGCACAACCGGUGGACAGUAUCUGGGGUCCCGCCCCGGCAGUCACCCCUCGGGAGCUGCGACAGGCGCCACCCUGCAACGACGAUGCCCAGAAGAGUAAGGCCAGCAAGAAGAAGAAAAACAAAAUGAUGAAAGUGGACGCCAGCAUCCUUGGAUUCACCGUCCAUGCCGCUCCAGACAGAAUAGUCGGAGAAAUUGAGACUGUGGAAGCCUCGACAACGAGAUGAACAGACAGAUGCAGGUGGUCGGACUGACUUUUGGAUACCUUUUUGAGAGAGCUGCUUUCUGGUGAUCUUCUGAUCUUGUUUUAUAUUGCUGUUGAAUGAUAAAAGACAAGAAUGAUGGGCAUUACAUUUGGUAUGUCUUGUAAGUGUGUGGGCUUCGUAGGAUUUUGCAGGCCGCGCUAAAGCUCGGUGUGAAGUAAUGGCAUGGAACACUGACCAAUAAUGGCCCUGGAAACUGACCAGUGGAGGUCAAGUUUAUGAAAACUGUUCAUAUGUGCUAAAGCUUUAAAAGGAUGGAUUUAAAAAUGGUCCGUUAUGAGUAAAGAAUGGAUGGAUAGUCAAAGAAAUGGAAGACUGUGAUUAUAAUAGUUUGGGCUAUCCCAUUUAAUAAACAAACCCAUCCCAGGAGGACACUUUCAAAUUUGACCGUUCCUCUUUAGAAAUUCAAUCAGUGUAAAGAAAGCUCAAAAUUAACAGGCACACAACCCCCCCCCCCCCCCCUCCCCCCCCCCCUCCCCCUUCCUCUAGGUAGAAUUUCUUUAUUUUGCCUUCCUGUGGUGGGUUGCACGUUCAAAUGGAAUAUCCCUUAUUGAUUUAACCAUCAAAAAUCAAGUCAUCUUUUGUAUGUUAAUUUGCCAAUGAAAAUCUUAAAAAAAUUGAAUAGUACUUGUUAUGUAUUCAAGUUUCAAUAUUAGGCCAACAUUCCCUGAUUAAAAUUAUUGUAACGUGUCUGAGGUUUGUUUUCUUGUGAAAUGUAAUGUACAAGUGCUAUGCGCUAUAUUCGACAGACAAAAGUGUGCUUUACUGUAUAAGACUAACAGUAUUCGUUGCCUACAAGUUAGGUAGUUUCAUAUAAUACAUUUGCAUGCUUUAAGACAUCAUGAUCAUUUGAAACUACUUGUCUGGAGCUUUGUAUUGUCUAAGAGUUUUACAUGUGUCUAUUCAAGGAAUAAGACACCUAAUCAUUCGGAGCCCCUUAUCCAUUUUUAUCAAAAACAACCUCGGAUGUAUGCCUGUACAUCAGUUAAACUAGUUCCAUAAUUUUGAAUUAUAUCAUUAAUUAAAUGUUUUGUUUUAGCUUUUAUUUGUUGAUCAAGUUUAAAUUGAUUCCCAGUGAAGUGUAUUAUUGCAAACAUUAUUAAGAUUCCAGAGAGGUUAGUCAUUAAGUUUAACUGCUAAAUUAAAUUACUACGCGAUCUACUUGCAGGGGGCUUAAAAAGACCCGAUUUCUGACAAUGUAAACUGUCCAUAUACAUCCAAGGUUGUUUUCGAUAAAAAUGGCGUAGGAGAUUCGAAUGACGUCUAAUGAUGAGUUGAAAUUUCGACGCCAUAUAACCCAGUUUUGUGUUUGAAUCAUUUCAAUAGAAUAUUAUUUUUUAUUUAUUUUUUCACGAAAGUACCAGUACUCUUAUUUUAUUACGCUCUUUAAAAGCUGCAGAUUGACAGACAUUGAAUGUUUUGACAUUUUGUUUGAAUUUUUUCGUAUUAGAAGGAGCCAAUUUUUAUGAAAAUGCAUGGAAACCAGUGAAAUAGGACUGUUGACAAAAAAACUAAGCUUUCAUUAUUGAUGUUUGAUGCAUUUUUCUAAAAAGUGUAAGUAAUGAGUUUGGCCAUAAAACAUAAAGUUUCGAACAUAAAUAUGAAAAACUGGGAUUUGAUCUUUUGUCAGCAGUCUUAUAUCACUAGUUUCAGAUAUUAACACAAAAAUUGGCUCAUUCCAAGACAAAAAAUAUUAAAGUUGUCCAAACGGUAAAUCUGUGAGAGUGCAGCUUUAAGAUAUUUAUUAAAAUUUAUAUAUGUUAUCUAAACAUUUGAUAAACAUAAUUCAUAUUCUUAGACUUCCUAAAAUCAUCCAAAAGAUUCAGUCAACUGGCAUCUAAAUUUAACAUAGCUAGUAAAGCUAUCAAAUAACUAGAAAAAAGUUGUAUAAGGAAUGGGAACUUAAGAGGACCAUUAUAAUCGUAAUGGUUUGGUUCUUAAUGUAACUACUUUUGUACGGUUAAGUGCCCUUGUUUUAACUGUGUUUGUGUAUUAUUCCUUCUAAAUGGUAUUAUAAAUUUAAUACUGUGUAUUUUUUCUGUUUAUACAAUUUCUUUUUUAUUUUACAAACUCAAAAUGGCUCUUUGAUUUUUAGUUGGUCUGUUUUUCGAAGUUAUUGUUUAUGUGAUUGUAUUGGUGUCCUGUCAAUGGUAUCUUUAUGAUCAGGCCCCAAUAUCUCAAAAAUACUUGUGUAAAUACUUGAGUAAAAAUUCAAUCUCAACUCAAUUUACCACAUAAAAGCAUAGUAUGAUUCAAAAUCUUGCAUGUUUUUAUACUUUUUGACAAAGUAUUUUCUCAAAGAAUGUGUUGAUGAAGCAAUCAUGUUAUUAUAACGAAGAAUAUGAAUUCUAGAUAAAAAAAAAAUAUACUUGAGUAAUUGUUACAAAAGAUUGAAUUGUACUCAAAUACAUUUUUGGCUGUGGAUUAUUUUCCCCUUGGAAUCUUGAUCAAAGGCGUUGAUCACCAUAUUCUGUGAUAGAAUGCGCCUUUUAAAGGUGUAAUAACAUGUAUAUGGUAUCUUUUUAUACUACGUGGUAAAAUGAGUUGAGACUGAGAUUGAGAUUUGACUCAAGUAUUUUCGUGAUAUUGGGGCCAGGCCUUUAUUUUAUUGGCUAUAAUUGAGGGGGUGAAUGCCAGAAGGUACUUAGGGACAUUAAGACCGAUAUUGAAUACCAGCCCAGGCCCCAACACAUUUAAUCACAUGACAUUAAAAUUCAUUACAAAUCAUAUAUGUUUUUUACAGUUAUAUAAGUGCAUAUUAUCAUGGAAUAUGCUGAUAAAAGCCUUUGGUCGAAUUCCAAGGUAAAUAUAUUCUACAGCCAAAAAUGUAUUUGAGUACAAUUCUGUAUUCUUUAUAAAAUACUCAAGUAUUUUUUAUGCUCUAGAAUUAGUUUUCUUUAAAAUAUUGACAAAAUUUAUUAGAAAAUACGUUUUCAAAAAAGUAUAAAACAUGCAAGAUUUUGAAGAAUAUUAUUAAUUUAUUUGGUGAAAUGAGUUGAGACUGAGUUUGAUAUUUAACUUAAGUAUUUUCGUGAUAUUGGGGCCAGAUAUCCUGAUAUUUUUUACUUAAAGAUGCACUAUUACUCCCAAAUAAGAUCGAACACAUUUUAUACAAUUGUUGUUUUAAUUUAUCAUAAAAGGAUGAACAAAUGUCGAAAGAUAUGGUUCUUAUGAACGAUACAGAAUUUAUCUUAAAUGAAAUGUGCAGAAAACACGGUAUUGCUAUCUUAUGAGACCAUACUAAAUCGCAGUAAAUCUUGUAGCAUUCACCAAUCAUUUAAUAUUUUGCCGUUUUCAGCUAUUAAAUACACAGUUAUAAUAUUGUUAGUAGAUAUUAGUAUUUUCCAUGAAUGCAUUAUUUAGUAAGAAGUUGAGGGUGUAUCACUUAAAAUUUAUGUUUGUUAUACAUGUAUAUUUAUUGAUUUUGAAUAAGAAUGUCACUUUAAACUAUAGAAGGUUCUGGUUCCUUCUGGCAUCUUAACCCCAUGAAAUUAUGUCAGAUUUGUAUGAAUUUUGGUACACAUGUUCUUAGUGCUAUUAUGCAUAUGUGUAGCAAGACCUUUCACCCGGCCUUUCAUUUUGGUUUAAUGAAAACCUCUCAUUUUUUGAUAUACAGGCUCCAAUUUCUCGAAACUUCUUAAGCUUAACAGGCUUAAGUCGCUUAUUUCAAUUAGCCAAAAUACAUACUGAAAAUGGAUUUUGAUUCAUGAAAAAUGGUUUAUUCUGAUAAUAAUACAGAUUAUUCCUACAUAAUUUCUAAAAAUUCUUGAAAAAGUCAAUAUAACACAUUUUAUAGAACAACAAAAAUAGUGAGAUUAGCUUAAUCCUGUUAUAAGGGACUUAAGAAGUUUCGAGAAAUUGGGGCCAGGUAAUAAGUGAAUGCCAUAUUCUAUUCUAAGUUUUCUUAUAUUUAAGCCACCGACUCCUUGUUUUAGUUUUAAGCUAUCUCCUUUAAUUUUAAGUGCACCCAUUGUUUUAUUUUUUUUUUGCAUCGGUUUCUUUACUGGUUUAUACUUUACUUAAUUAAAAAAAUAAGUAGAUCAAUUCAAGUGUUUUCUGCAUGUCCUACUGAAAUGUAUGAAUAUAUUAUUAUUAUAAUUCUUACAUUUUUCUUGUAGGAGCUUUUAAAGUGAUCUGAUGAUUUCUGUAAUUCAGUAGCUAAUUGUAUUCCACCAUGAAUUCAAUGCUAAUCAUAUAGACAUUCUAUCGGAAAAAAGACUGGGCCUUAUAACAAAAUUGUUAAAAAAGUUCAAGCUUUUUGAUUAUUACAUGAGGUACUUUCUCAGAGCUUGUGACAAUUUUCAGAAUUUUGAAAAUGCUACCUGGUAUUCCUGGGGUACUUAAGACCUUCUUUAUUAUUCUGUUGGUAUACUUGUAAAAUGUAUGAAGCGCAAGCAGAUUUUCAUAUUUAUGUUCAAAUAUUGAAGUUUUAUUGUUAAAAGCGUUGCUAAGGCUUUAAGAAAAAAUUAAAAUUGCGGCAGUUUUCCAAACAGUUGCGAUCUGUUCAAUAGUGAGUGAUCUUAUAUAACUGAAUUGAAGGCAUCGAUGCCAAAAUCAGCUGAUUCUGAGACAAAAAAUUAAAAAAAAAUGUCUAAACUGGAAAACUGUCAGAUCGCAGCUUUAAACACUUAUUUGCAUUUUCAUUUCUCUGUCAGCACAUUUGUUAAUAAUUUUGAACUGAAACACCUUUUGAAUUUCGAUUUGUUUAUGAACCAGCUGCUUGAACCUUGACCUUUCCCAAUGCUGGAAAGUUUUGCAAUUGGCUGCUGAACUAUUUGAACCCAUUCUCAACAAUGACUUAAUGCUGAUGGAUGAAUAAUUUGUUCCCUUAAAGCUGCACUCUCACAGAUAUACCAUUUUUACAACUUUUUUAAUUUUUUGUUUUGGAAAGAGCAAAUUUUUAAUUUUUGCAUAAAUAUCUGCAAACCAAUGAUAUAAGAUUGCUGACAAAAAAUCAGAUCGUACAUUAUUAUAUAUUUCCGUUUGAAAAUUAAUGUUUUAUGGCUUAAACCGUUAUUUAUGGUUAAAGAAAAAUGGAUAAAACUUCAUUUUUUUAACUUAAAUAUAAGAAUCUGCGAUUUUAUUUUUUGUCAGCAGUCUCAUAUAACUGGUUUUCAUUGAUUUUCGCAAAAAUGGCUCGUUUCAGGACAAAAAAAAGACAAAAAAUUGUCAAAACGUUCAAUCUGUGAGAGUGCAGCUUUAAUAUGAGAAUAGAUCGAAGUAUUAAUUACAUCGUAGUUGAGGGAGGUUUUUAACAAAGGCUUGAAGGUAUUAUGAAACAUUUAUUCUUUUUAGAUGUUGAUAUGUUUAUAUAAAAUCCUUACAAAUCAUGUUUGGAAGAAUUUGUACUUUGUUUGAAAUGUUGAUGUCUUAAAAGCAAGAAAAUGGCACAAAUAAAAAUUAUAAAACAAAUAAAUGAUUAAUAA